AUGAGCAAGCCGAGCUCCUUCCGACUUCUUCGGUCUCUUGCUCUCCUCGGAGCUCUGAGUGGAACAGUGGCGCAGCUGAUGAUCGGCUAUCACAACAACAACAAGAAGUUUUUCCACCCAACCACCAGCAGCACCUUCAAGCUUGUGAAGCUUGGCAACGUGAAUGUUACAUUCUUGGACAAGACAAACCUCCUUGGCUACGAUGGGCAGGACAUGGCACAGUUGGGGAAGUAUCGGGUUGAAACGCGUCUGGGUAUGAUUACACAUUGCAACAGCGCCAACUUCAACGACGUUGACGGUAUCAUCGGGUUUGGCUGGGCGAAUCAGAACAGAAGUGCGGCCAUCUUGAAGACCCUGACGACCAAGUCAAGACCUCAUUGGGACAUCGUUCAACGUCAGGACUUCGUCCCUAUGCCCAGGAAGUUUGCGUUCACUGCUGAUGACAGCAUUGGUGAGCUACAGCUUGGCGGAUAUGAGCCAGACUCCGUAGCCGAGCCAAUGCAGAUGUUCCCCAUGGCUGGGUAUGCUUAUGGAGUGAACGUCACUUCCAUCAAGUUCGGUAACGUCGAGCUGUUGGAUUUCAUGGGGAACCACCACGCAUACGUGGGCGAGUUCGAUUCCGGCACGACUUGCUUGCUGAUUCCCAACUCGACUGUCAACGGAACUUUCAAGCGAAAUCCGUUUGAGAUCUUGCUGAAUGAGCAGAACAAGGGUGGGACCUUCCCGCUCGUCUACACCAUUGGGGGGGAAACGUUUGAGAUCGCAUAUGAGGAGUGUGUAGAGCCCGCCGAGACUGCGAUGAUCCUGGGAGACCCUUGGUUCCGAAAGUGGAUUGUCUUGCACGACCUUGUCGAUCUUAAGGACAAGAAGAUGGGAUUGGCGCUCCGCAACCCCAGCUACAAGCUGGGAGUCGAGACGGACUCGUCAGCGACCCUAUCUCAACAUUCCCAGUAUCGUGCCAACAAGGGGCGGAGCCAGGAGCUUGCAGAGUUCAAUCCCUUGUCCAAGGUGCGGGCCCACAGGCGUAUCACGAGCGCCAAGUCAGCGUUGACUAUGGGGCUGUACCAAGGUCAAGCCGUGGACAAGGUGGCGCUGGAGUCACAGAGCAGAGUCACCUACAACAUCAAGCUGUCCAUCGGCACUCCGCCUCAGCCGUUGCAAGUGAUCUUCGAUACAGGCUCCUUCAUGUUGGCCGUCUUUGCUGAUCCUGCGCCGGAGGGGAUGAAGCCCAUCUUGGAUGCGCAAGUUGGGAGCUAUGAGGAUAGUGAGUCGCCAUGGGGGCAAAUUUCGCAAGAGCUUUCAUGGAGAAUUCAGGGGCUAAAUCGAACAGCACUGAUUGGCGCCAACUUGAUCUUUAUCGCUCUGAUAGUCGGAGCUGUCUUUAGCCUGAUGAGCCGAAGAAGAUCUCAAGAAAAGUACCAGGAGCUGCAUCAACUGGAAGAAAUGGUAAAGUGA